AUGUUUGGUAAGCCAUUUGUUAUUACUGGAACAGAGAUCAGACUCAGUUUACAUGGUUCUGAAAAGGUAUAGUUCAUUCACAUAAUAUUACAGCAUUUAUUACAGUACAUGGUCCAUCAGUAAUGCCUAUAGCACUUUAUUUGCUGUUUAUCACAGUUAAAUCGUAUUUCUGCGACUCGUAUAGGAUGCGAGAGGUGGUUGGAAGCAAAAGACUGUGAACGACCAUAAUUAUGGGAGAAAUCCCCGAGUAAAGCUGCAAGGAACACGAAAGCUGAAUUGUCCAGCCACAAUACAGGUACAGCAUAACGAUAUAUUCAACGACUUUGAACUGUCAGGUAAUUUUUUCUCCCCCAACCGCAUCCGAAUGGCAAAAGAAAAAAAGCUGGAAGACCUAAAGAAAAAACUAGCUUCAAAUGAGGCGAUAAACUCAUCUUCGUGGCACUACAUCAAACUACCUUUGAGCACGGUUAAUAGACUGAGUUGGUUAGGCUAGCCGGCAUACUUAAAAGAAGGCAGCAAAUUAUGUUGGAGUUCAAAGGAUUAAAAAGUCGGCGGUACGCUGCGUAAACACAUUGUAUACUUUUGUAUAGGAGCGGGUGAAAUUUCUCAUCAAAAUAUCAUAUUUCGUGUCGUCUAAGGAAGCUAAUUUGAUGGAUUUAUAUAUGUUAUUGUGUGGUGAAUCUGUCAGGAAGCAAAAGGUGAUGUUUGAAGGAAAAUGA